CCUCCCAACAGCACUAUGUUGGGACAGAGCAUCCGGAGGUUCACAACCUCUGUGGUCCGUAGAAGCCACUAUGAGGAGGACCCAGGGAAGAAUUUGCCAUUUUCAGUGGAAAACAAGUGGCGGUUGCUACUUAUGAUGACUCUGUACUUUGGAUCUGGAUUUGCCGCACCUUUCUUUAUAGUAAGACACCAGCUGCUUAAAAAAUAAGGAUGUUUUACUUAAUCCAUGAAACAGAUAUGAAGAGGAGCAUUUUAGGAGGUGCAGUCACUUUGAAAAAUGGAUCAAACUGUUGAACUCAACAUACUAGAAAUGUUUGUAAAUAAACUUAUGGCA